UGGUGAAUGUGUUUAGUAAGAACAACAGGAGAGUUGGAGUCUAAGGGCAUUGCUUUGUCCAUAAAUGAAAGCGAUAAUCAAGGUCAAACUCUGCAACACACCUCUUCACUGGGAAGGCUCCAGCAAACAGCAGUACCACUACCACGAAGAAGACUCGCCGCCUCUUGACCAGGGAUUCCCACAGCUUCCCAAUGAAGUGUGCUCCCCUGAGCUUGUGCACGUGUCCGAGAAGAACCUGUCUGAGAUUGAAAAUGUGCAUGGCUACGUGUCCCAUUCCCACAUCUCUCCUCUCAAGGCCAGCCCUGCCCCAAUAAUUGUCAACACAGACACUUUGGAGUCAGUUCCUUAUGUCAACGGCACAGAAAUUGAAUAUGAGUUUGAGGAAAUCACUCUGGAGCGGGGUAACUCAGGGCUAGGAUUUAGCAUUGCCGGAGGGACAGAUAACCCACACAUCGGUGAAGACCCUGGCAUCUUCAUCACUAAGAUCAUCCCUGGAGGUGCUGCAGCAGAGGAUGGACGCCUUAGAGUAAAUGACUGCAUCCUGCGGGUGAAUGAUGCAGAUGUGUCUGAAGUAUCUCAUAGUAAGGCAGUGGAGGCCCUGAAGGUUGCAGGUUCUAUUGUCCGACUAUACGUGCGACGCCGCAGGCCGAUGCUAGAGACCAUCAUUGAGAUCAAACUCAUCAAAGGACCAAAAGGGCUUGGCUUCAGUAUCGCAGGUGGAGUUGGAAACCAGCACAUCCCCGGUGACAACAGCAUAUACGUCACCAAAAUCAUUGAUGGUGGGGCAGCACAGAAGGACAGCCGGCUACAAGUUGGAGACAGAUUAUUAAUGGUGAACAACUACAGUCUGGAGGAAGUGUCUCAUGAAGAGGCUGUGGCCAUUUUGAAGAACACAUCGGACGUGGUCUACCUAAAGGUGGGAAAGCCCACCAAUGUCUACCUGUCAGAUCCCUAUGGGCCUCCCGAUAUCACACACUCUUUCUCUCCAGCCAUGGAAAAUCAUAUCUCUUCUCCCAUCAAUAGUGGCACUCUGGAGUACAAGUCUGGUCUCCCCUCCAUUUCCCCUGGGAGUUAUUCCCCACUUCCAAAGCACUUACUAGGGGAAGAGGAUAUAAACAGGCCUCCUGAGCCAGUUUACAGCACUGUGAACAAACUAUGUGACAAAGCACCCUCCCCCCGACACUAUUCCCCAGUGGAGUUUGACAAAAGCAUCCUCCACUCCGCCCCCCUCCCAAACUAUCACUUAAGCCUGUUCCCUGACUCGGACAUCACCAGGGAACCCAGGAAGGUCGUGCUCCACAAAGGCUCCACAGGCCUUGGCUUCAAUAUCGUGGGCGGUGAAGAUGGCGAGGGAAUCUUUGUCUCCUUCAUCCUGGCUGGAGGGCCUGCCGACCUGAGUGGAGAGCUGCGGCGAGGCGAUCAGAUCUUAUCGGUAAAUGGCAUUGACUUACGAGGAGCCACACAUGAACAAGCAGCAGCAGCACUGAAAGGAGCGGGACAGGUGGUCACCAUCAUUGCCCAGUACAGACCAGAAGAAUAUGGGCGUUUUGAGGCCAAAAUCCAUGACCUGCGGGAACAGAUGAUGAACCACAGCAUGAGCUCUGGGUCGGGAUCCCUGCGAACCAAUCAGAAGAGGUCGCUCUAUGUGAGGGCACUGUUUGACUAUGAGAGGUCAAAGGACAGCGGCCUCCCCAGCCAGGGGCUCAGCUUCAGGUACGGGGACAUCCUCCACGUCAUCAAUGCCUCGGAUGAUGAGUGGUGGCAGGCCCGCCGUGUCACUCCGCAUGGGGACAGUGAGGAAAUGGGUGUCAUCCCCAGCAAGAGACGCGUGGAGAGGAAAGAGCGGGCACGUCUAAAGACGGUUAAAUUCAAUGCCAAGCCCGGGUCGUUUGAUUCAAAAAGGUCAUUCAAUGACAAACGUAAAAAGAAUUUCAUCUUUACACGAAAGUUCCCAUUCUACAAGAACAAAGAGGGUGAGCAGGAUGGCAGUGAUUCGGACAGGAGUCAAGAGGACGUGAUUCUCUCAUAUGAACCUGUGAUGCGGCAAGAAAUUACUUACGCCAGGCCCAUCAUAAUCCUCGGACCAAUGAAGGACAGAAUCAACGAUGAUCUGAUAUCAGAGUUCCCAGACAAGUUCGGGUCUUGUGUGCCACAUACCACUCGGCCGAAGAGGGACUACGAGGUGGAUGGGCGAGACUACCACUUUGUGAUGUCAAGAGAGCAGAUGGAGAAGGACAUCCAAGAGCACAAGUUCAUUGAGGCGGGACAGUACAACGAUAAUCUUUAUGGAACAAGUGUCCAAUCUGUGAAAUAUGUGGCUGAAAGGGGUAAACACUGCAUUCUGGAUGUGUCUGGAAAUGCUAUCAAACGACUACAAGUAGCACAACUCUAUCCCAUCGCCAUCUUCAUAAAACCUAAGUCUAUUGAUUCAUUAAUGGACAUGAAUAAGAGACUGACAGAGGAACAAGCCAAGAAAAUAUUUGACAGGGCUAUGAAACUGGAGCAGGAGUUUGGUGAAUUCUUCACAGCCCUGGUUCAAGGAGACAACUUAGAGGACAUUUAUAACCACUGCAAACAGGUCAUAGAGGAACAUUCAGGACCCUAUAUCUGGAUCCCCUCAAAGGAGAAACUAUAAUAACUCAUCACUCUGGAAGGGAGUCUGGACUGUUAGAAACUAGUAAUAAGUUGUAACAUAUGUUAACGGUAUGGCGAUGAAUAGUCUUCAUAAAUAAUUAUUCUGAAUAUGUUUUUUAUUUUAUUUUAUUUUCUCUUUUGUUUGGUUAUUGCUUCGUUUUUCACUCAACAUGAAUGUUGCUGAAUGUAAACCGCAAAGUGUUAGGAAAUUUUAGGUCUUGAAACAUGAACUGUUUGUAUAUUUGCGUAUUUUUCUUUGAACAAAAAGGAACAGAAAUGUAAUGGAAACUAAAUAAAUGUGGGUAUGUGUCCAUAUCGGCACUGUGUUAAAUUUCAAGCAGGAAACUGGAGGUGGUAUAUACAUCAUACACAUCGGAGAUGUCUUUGCUUUGCUAACGUAGGAAGGAAAAUAGGUAUUCCAACUCCAACACCCUCACCCUCCCUUCACAUUGCAUCAACUAGCAAAUAAUCAUAUGAAGUUCAAUGCUAUGUCUGAUUUUGCAUCUGUGCAUCCCCUGAACACCGCUCUGUCUUUGUUUACACUGUCAUUUCUUCUGUGAAUCACUGUAUUUAUUUCUUUGACAUGACAUUGAGGAUGUGUGAGGAAAAUAUUUUAUUCACUGUAAAAUUUAAAAUUUUUACUCAUUUAAAAGCAGGCAUUACUUAUUCAGUUGUUGCAUUGACAAUGAUAAGUAAAGGGAGAAAGCUGCUAUCCGCAAUGGAGAUGUAACACUAUAUUUUGCUACUUAAAUUGCUAGAGGGCACAAAA